CAACAACUCGAUCCAUAUCCCUAUCACCACCAUGAACAAUAAUUUCAGCCUAAUCUUCUCCCUCUUCCUCCUCUUGCCCCUCGUAGCCUUCUGCGCACAAAAACAGGUGUACAUAGUGUACUUUGGAGAGCACAGGGGAGAGAAAGCAUUGCAUGAGAUAGAAGAAACACAUCACUCUUACUUGCUCUCCGUGAAAGAGACAGAGGAGGAUGCCAGAGCAUCCCUUAUUUACAGCUACAAGCACAGAAUCAAUGGCUUCUCCGCAGUUCUCACGCCGGAUGAAGCCUCCAAGCUAUCAGGCAAUCACCAAACGAAUUCCCCAAAUGAAAAUCUUUGUGUGUGGCCAGAAUCAAGGAGCUUUAGUGACGAAGGGAUGGGGCCAGUUCCAAAAUCAUGGAAAGGAAUCUGCCAAGCUGGGGAUGCUUUUAACUCGUCCCACUGCAAUAAGAAAAUCAUUGGAGCGCGGUACUACAUCAAGGAAUAUGAGCAACAAUACGGCCCGUUAAAUCGCACAGCGGACUUCCUCUCUCCUCGCGAUGUCGCUGGCCAUGGAACUCACACGGCAUCCACGGUGGCUGGUCGACGAGUUCCUACUGCUGCCCGUGGAGGGUAUGCAAGUGGCGUGGCUUCCGGCGGGGCUCCAAUGGCCCGCCUUGCCAUAUACAAAGCAUGCUGGGUCAAUCCCCCCAACGUUUCUGUAGGCAAUAACCUAUGCAUGGAAGCUGACAUGCUUGCCGCCAUUGACGAUGCUAUAGCUGACGGAGUCCAUGUGCUCAGCAUUUCAAUCGUAACCAGUACACCUACCAACUAUACUGAUGAUGGGAUUGCCAUUGGUGCAUUACAUGCUGUCAAACACAACAUUGUGGUGGUGUGUGCCGCUGGAAACAGCGGGCCCACGCCGGCAACUUUGUCAAAUCCGGCUCCCUGGAUAAUCACCGUUGGCGCUAGCAGCGUUGACCGAGAACUCUCUAGCCCUCUUUUGUUAGGAAAUGGCACCAAAAUUAUGGGACAGGGAAUAACUUCAUACAAGUUGAACAAGAAGAUGUACCCUUUAGUGUAUGGAGGAGAUGUUGUUAACUCUAAUGUGGCACAAAAUGUCUCAACAAUAGGGCAAUGUCUUCCAAACACGCUUUCCCCCAAAAAGGUUAGAGGAAAAAUAGUGUUAUGCAUGCGAGGCCUUGGAUCAAGGGUAGAAAAAGGUCUGGAGGUUAAAAGGGCUGGGGGUGUUGGUUUCAUCUUGGCAAACAAUAAGGUAGAUGGUAAUGUCAUAUUUUUGGAUGAUCACUUGUUGCCACAAACCAGUGUCAUCUACGAUGAUACUCUCAGAAUUCUUCGAUACAUCAACAGUACCAAGAGCCCGACCGCAACGAUCAUGCCAGGGAAGACCAUUCUGCACAAGAAGCCAGCUCCAACCAUGGCCCAAUUCACAAGUCAGGGUCCCAACGUGAUUGACCUUAACAUUCUUAAGCCUGAUGUUACGGCACCAGGAGUUGAUAUUUUGGCCGCAUGGAGUGGGAGAUCAUCUCCAACGGGCUUGCCUGAGGAUCACCGUGUGAUUGAGUAUCACUUCGACUCGGGAACUUCCAUGGCUACGCCUCAUGUGGCUGGUGCAGCUGCCCUUCUCAGAGCCAUACACCCAAAAUGGAGCAGCGCAGCCAUAAGGUCUGCGCUGAUAACCACAGCCGAGACAAUAAACAACAUGGGCCAGCCAAUAUCUGAUAUAAAUGGUAUCCCGGCGACGCCAUUCCAGUUAGGCGCCGGUCACUUUCGGCCUACCAAGGCAGCGGAUCCUGGCCUUGUCUAUGACGCCUCCUACACUGAUUACAUCCUCUACCUCUGCAGUGCUGGGUACAAAAAACUAAACAACACCAUAUUCAAGUGCCCCAACCCGCCACCUUCAACAUUGGAUCUCAAUUACCCAUCCUUCGCAAUUCCUAACUUGAAUCGGACUGUUACUAUCAAGAGGACGGUCACCAACGUCGGAAGCAAGAAAAGCAUAUACUUCUUUAGUAGCAGACCGCCGGUGGGGGUGUCAGUUAAGGCCAACCCAAGCAUUUUGCACUUCAGUCAUGUUAACCAGAAGAAGAGCUUCACCAUUACAGUGAGUCCAAUACACGAUCCAGCCGUGAAGAAAAAUGAGUAUGGGUUCGGUUGGUAUACUUGGACUGAUGGGUACUACGUUGUAAGAAGUCCCAUGGCAAUUUGUUUGGUGUAGAUUAACGUUUUUAUCCUUUGCUUUUCAUUGGCAUAAGUCUUUUAAUUUAUUUUUUUCAAUUACAAUUUAUUUUCCUUUCUA